UCACUUGAAAUUUCUUACGAUAUUUGUAUUGAACUCACAGUGACAUACUGCGUUUGAGUUUUUGUUUAUUUCGCUUUUUAUAUCAUAUUUGCUAUGGAAAGAAAGGUGUUUUUGGGCCAAUACUUGAUAUGGGUGAUGUUAUUGUUGGGACAGUUACAUGGAUACAUAAGCUGUAUUGAGAAAGAAAAGAAUGCUUUGUUUGAGCUCAAGAAAUUCCUGCUCUCAAGGAGGGAAGAAUGGGAUCACGAUCAUUUUGUCCCUACUUGGACUAAUGACACAGAGAGCGAUUGCUGCUUGUGGCAAGGCCUUAAGUGCGAUCCUACCAGCCGGCGGGUUAUCGAGCUUUCCUUUGGAAGACUUUUCCUCAAAGAGAGUUCUCGCCUAAACCUUUCUUUGCUUCAUCCCUUUGAAGAAGUUCGAAGUCUGGACUUAUCCUUUCUCUCGUUCGAAGGCAUAUAUGAUGAUGUGGAAGGUUAUAGAAGCCUAAGAAGAUUAAGAAACCUGGAGAUUCUGGAUCUUACUUUUAAUAGAUUCAACAACAGCAUCUUUCCUUUUCUUAAUGCCGCUACAUCACUCACAACUCUGUUUCUUCCGUGGAACCGUAUCGAUGGUCCUCUUUCUGUUAAAGAACUUAGAGAUUUGACAAACUUGGAACUACUGGAUCUGAGUAGAAACAGAAUUAACGGCUCCAUACCAAUACAAGCGUUGUGUGGUUCGUCUUUUGGCAGAGUUAACUUCCCUGAGGGAGUUGAAAGCUCUGAAUCUAAAAUACAAUGGAUUUACUGGCCCAACGGUAUUGCAAGAGUUUGCUGCCCUGAGGAAGCUGAAAGCUCUGAGUCUAAGGAGCAAUAA